CGGCACUCGUAGCAUUAAAAAAACUCGUUCCUGUCCCAACCUGUAAUAUUAGGGCCAACUGCCGAUUGAAAUCACACUUGAUGGAAGAUCAAUUUUCUGUUGGUUUUCAAGCUUCCCUUCCAUGCGAUCCACUUGCUAGCUUCAGUUGCUUGGUGGUCAAUGGUCAGAGCGAUCGAACAUUUACUCUUGCGGCAAAUGUCCUUCCGGUGACUGCAAACUGCAAUUCCAAUCUUGAACGAUGGCAUAGAAACGACUUGAUCCUUGGCCGUUUCUGGCAACCAGAAGAUGGCAUCGAUGAAGCGCUUUUCGAAAGCAAAAGUGAAGAAGCCGAUCAUUUGAAGUCUCAACCCCACUACUUGACUUAUGGCGAGGUGACAGCAUUGGGGGUGCGGCAACUAGCUUAUGAAAUGGGCAUAGCAAACUGCGAUGGUGGCGAGGACCGAAGAAACAGAUUCGAUGACGCCAAUGCCGAAUACAAUUAUAACGAAGACGACGGCGGCGGAAUUGUAUUCUACGACCUAGGUUCGGGAGUUGGAAGACUUGUAACUCAAAUGUAUAUUGACCAACCUGAUAGAGUGGAAAAAUCUGUCGGUAUAGAACUGUCAGAGGGUAGACACGAGAUCGGGAUCAACGCCUUGAAAGGGAUCAUAGGAGAAGACCUUGUCGAAAGGUUCGAUGGGUUAUACAGCGGUGGGGAUGCUAUGCCCCAUUUUCCCAUCGAACUCAUCCAUGGAGAUGCUACAGAAGUGGUUUUAGACACGAGGACCACACAUGUCUAUAUUUCUUCUCUGUGUUUUCCAAAGAAUGUACUCCUUACAAUUCAAGAGAUUUUGUUGAAGUUACCGAAGAUCCGUGUCAUUGCGGCCCUAAAUCGGUUGGACACGAUCCUCCAACUUGAAGGUGAAGAAUGGCAAGAACGAAAUGUGCCAAUCCAGAUGAGCUGGGGACCCAGCACUGCAAAACUAUAUCGCAAAGUGAAAUCGUAGCAUCCGCCAAACGCUUAAGUCAUUACGAC